GUGAGAAAGGGCUGCCCUUCACCUGCACUCCGCCCCCUCCCCGCAUCCCCCCGGUGUAGGCGGUGAGUGCCUUUUACUAGACUCAGAAAUCCGCCCUCUCCCACCGCCUCUUCUCCCACCUUUCCACCUCACCGCCAAGUUUUGCUUCAGCAUUUGGUCACGAACCUCACUCCGGUCAUGAAAGUUGAUCAUGAGGAAAGGAAGCGAUAACUUGCACCUCACGGCAGUGACCCUCUGAACUGUCGAGUGUUUCCAGAGAUUGUUCCGUUGAAGAUUUUCACCUCUGGCAGUCCCAAAAAGAUUAGUCCAGCGUCACUGUAUGCUUCCGGGAUUCUCAGUUUUAAUUUAAAAAACUUUACAAAUGUUGACAAAAUCAUUGUCACAUUUCAAAGAAAUAAGUUUGUAAAGUCAUGAGUAGCAGAGAUAAAGUGAAUAGACCCAGUCAUUUCCCCAGGGUACAGAAGUCUAAAACCAGAGGGCGUAGGUUUAAGGCGAGAAAGAUAAAAUGUAGAAGGAACCUGAGGCAGAACAUUUUCACAGGGAGGGUGGUGUCCACAUGAACAAGCUGCCAGAGAGAGUGUUAGAAGCAGGAACAAUUACCAGUUUUAAAAGACACUUUGAAAGGUAUGGAGGAGUAUAGAAACAUAGAAAAUAGGUGCAUGAGUAGGCCAUUCGAGCCUGCACUGCCAUUCAAUAUGAUCAUGGCUGAUCAUCCAACUCAGUAUCCUGUACCUGCCUUCUCUCCAUACCCCCUGAUCCCUUUAGCCACAAGGGCCACAUCUAACUCCCUCUUAAACAUAGCUGAAGAACUGGCCUCAACUACAUUCUGUGGCAGAGAAUUCCAGAGAUUCACCACUCUCUGUGUAAAAAAUGUUUUUCUCAUCUCAGUCCUAAAAGAUUUCCCCUUUAUCCUUAAACUGUGACCCCUUGUUCUAGACUUCCCCAACAUCGGGAACAAUCUUCCUGCAUCUAGCCUGUCCAACCCCUUAAGAAUUUUGUAGAUCCAAUACCGACUUGUGGGACUAGUUUGCUUACGCAACUUUGUUGUGUGGAUGAGUUGGGCCGAAUGGCCUGUUUCUGUGCCGUGUAAGUUCCUGACUCUACUGAAUUUGUCUUCUGCAGGAAGGUUACCCCGUGAUCGUGUCACCUCAGGGCCGUGCCCGAACCGAACCCUGUCUUCUUGCAGUCUCGGUGUUCUUGGAGUGAGAUUCACCAAAAGCAGGACAAAACUGGCCCAGGUGCUGUGGAUCUUAAACUGUGUGUCGGUGCUGACAGAGGUGGUUCUGAUCAGCCUGGGAGUUUACCUGCGCCUGGAGAUGAGGAAACGCAGGGAGGUGCUGGCGGGUGAGGGGAUGGCCUCGGUCCCCAAAAUGCUGGUGGCGGCCGGUGCCAUUGUUUUUGGUGUCAACCUGCUGGGGGCCAAGAUCAGCCACGACUGCUGGGAUAACAAGUUCUCCCGCUGGAGGCUGCUCAUGCUUCCUUACAUCACCUGCAUCCUUUUCUUCACCUUCUGCAUCCUGAGCAUGAUGGAGAGGUCCCUCCACCUGUGCCUCCAGCGCACCAUGAGGUGCUUUAAAGACAUUGAUAUCCCGGGCAGGUGCUCCCUCAAGAAGACCGUGGACGAGUUGCACUUCGAGUUCCACUGCUGCGGCAACAAAGGCUUCAGGGACUGGUUCGAGAUCCAGUGGAUCAGCUCACGCUAUCUGGACAUGAACUCCAAAGAAAUCUAGGUGUAAGUGGAAAGGAGAUGGGGGAGGGCAGGGGAGAUAGAAAAUAGGAGCAAGAAUGUCUGAGCAGCUCCACUGUACUAUUCAGUACUACUGGAGCUAUUCAUCCACCUCACUAUCUUAUCUCUCCCCCUUAAAUCCCAUGGAUCCCUUAGGUAUUAAUAAAUCUAUCUGCCGUCAUCCUCAA